AUGGUCAAUGCAGCCACCUCCAACAUAAAGAGUCGAUUCACACAUUGUCAAGAAGAGGAAGAGAGUACUAGGACGAUUGAAGAUGAGCAAAUUUUAGAAAAUGAUAGCAAUGACACUACCACUGAUUCGGAGGAUGAGAAUGAUAAGAAACAUUACAAUGAUGAGACAGCCCUAGUGCACAAUAUUCUGCAAGACAUGGUCAAAGCAUCAACUGCUGAAAAGACUGUUUCUGAGCAUUUUGCUCGUUCCU